AUGGAAGGUGGAAUUGCUUGCUGUGGCCUUGGAGUAGCUUUCGUGGAUUUUCUGGAUGGAGAGCUGGUCUUUCUUUGGACGGAGUUGCUUAAAGUGCUGGUUUUUUCACUCGAUUUCUUCAUGGAUGACUUGACCGAAGGCGAAGUGAGCGCACUUUUUUCAAUGGUUUUUGCUGAUUUUUGUUCAUAUGAAGUCGACGACAACCCUUUCAAUUUUUUGGAUUCAGACAAAUCGGCUGUUUUGGUCCUUCUCCUAACUGUGCCCUGCGUUUUGGAAUCCGGAGAACUUUGGGUGACAUCCUCUGACAUUGGCUGA